AUGGCUACCACUACACAGGUCAAGGUGUUGAAGUCUGAUACGGGGAUUCUGGACCGCAUGCAGAAUGACCAUUCUGCAAAGAAGGCGUCUGAAUUGCUGCAGACGGAUAUGGAGAAGCAUCAUAUUUUCUUCAAUGAGAUGGGGUUUCAUGAUCAUAUUACUCAUCAUAUUUUGACGUCCUUUGCCUUAGGGGCGUCUCCGGCUGCCCUGCAGAAGGCUUUUGACAACAACUCGUCCUACCAGUUGCCAAGACGCCCUGUUGAUGAAGCCAUAGUACAGAAACUAGGGAGCAAGGAUGAAUUUAAUGCUUAUGCAGAAAAGAGGGAUCAAUACCCUAACUUUCUGGCUUUCUUUCAGCGUCAAAUUGAUAGUAGGGGGAUCGGACCGGUUGUAAAUGAGUAUCUAUUCGCUAAUAAUAAGCUAGCGGAUGAUAUGCUUGUCAGGCUAUUUGGCGGGCUCAUCCACCCAUUUAUCCACCUCGGAUUCGGCCUCGAGUUCAACCAACCUGCCAUUGUCGCUCAAGGCCUUGCCGAAACCGCAGUUCAUCAAGCAAAUCUAAAACCAUUUCUCUUGCCAGCUGAACGGGCAGCAGGUGGGGUUGGAAAGGAGGGCCAGAAGUCACUGGUUCAGCUUCAACAAGAAAUUCGCUUUAAUCAUAAGCUCCGCACCUCCGUGCACUGGGAUGAUGAGAAUAAGAUACUUGAUGGAGUGAUGACUCGAGCACCUAGCGAGAUGAUCGAAAUUGCGAGCCAAUUCUCUGUCGGACCACAUCAAAUCGAAGAAAAGCUAGCAGAAUUAGUCAAUGCUGUUGUUUACUUCACGGGCGCCGCGCAAUGUCCUCCCAAAUGCAUUAAGUUCGACUUUUUUUACAUGCACUGCGUCACCAGCGCGAUUUUCCUGCGUGCAUUCAUCUCCCAACCCUGGCUAAGUGAGCAAAACAAACUCCGCAUUCUGGAAUGGAAGGGCCGCAUGGACCUCCUCGUAUAUACCUCUCGAGGUGCAACAGAGCCACACCCGGAGGAUAUCUCAACCUAUAAUCCGAGACUGUCGUGGGAGGAAAUAUUUUCGAAAACUGUUAACCAUGACCGCGAUGACGGACACGCAGCAAAGUUCAUCCGUACUCUUGCUUACGGCCAGGAGCUGUGUCAGCCAUUUGAGCGGGAUGAAGGAAAAUAUAAGGAGGCGUUUUUGAUCAGGGGAGAUAUGUGGAUUAAGUUGGCGAACAUGGUUAUCGACUCUAUUCAGGAGAGCGACAGUAUGUGGAUUAGGAAUACCGGGUUCCCUGAAGCGUGGGAAGGGGUUGCGGAGAGAUCGAAACUCUAG